AUGAAUGACAAAUCUUGGUUACCUCCAAGUAAUACUUCUAACGAUAAUAAUUGGAAACAACCUUCGACCACCGAUGAAGGUUGGCUACCUUCAAGUAGUGCUUCUAAUGAUGAUAAUUGGAAACAACCUUCGACCACCGAUGAGGGUUGGGGACGACCACGAGUUCCUACUGAAAACAAUUGGCCACAAACUUCAACUUAUUAUGAUAAUUGGGGCACACAGGGUGUGCAAACGCAAGCUAAAGAUGAUUGGGCAAAUAAGCAAGAAUCUAUUUCUACUGAAGAUGUAAUAGAACCUGAAUUAGAAAUUAAUUGGGAAGAUAAGCAGGCUUCUGCUGAUGAUGAUGAAGUAAUUGAAAGGACGCUUACUCCUCCUCAAGAUCAAGAUGAUAAUCGCGUGAUAAAACAAGUUCCCCUGUCUGAUGAUGACGAAUGGAUAACAAGUGAUCAACCGUCUUCAUCACAGGAUCGUGAAAAUGAUUCUACUAUAAAACAAGCUCCCACUCCCGAAGAAGAAGUCGAAUGGGUGACAAGUAACCCACCAACCUCGGUUCAUGAUCGUGAUGAUCAAUGGAAGAAACCACCUUUUCAUUACGAAAAUAAUGGUUGGAAUAGAAAGAGGUCAUCUCCUUCUGAAGACAUUCGUAUACAUAAAAGAUCUGAUAUGUUUAAAGAUACGUGGGGUGGUAAAGGCCGUUCUGAGGGCUCAUGGGAAGUCAAGAAAAAUGAUGCAAAUGAUAGUUCUUUGAAGUUUACUACGACCACACGUGCCAGAUCUGUUGAUCAACACUCAAAAAUUAUUUCCAAUAAUUCAAACGAUCCAAUGGAGAUGGAAUCCGAUGAUUUAUCUACUCUUGCUAUGCAGGAGGUAAUUCAUAACUCUUUCACAACGUUACAAAUUAAAAAACAUAAUGAGCGUAACCAGAUGGAGGAAUUUGACCUAAAUGAUAAUUUAAAUUCGGUCCCUCCCGAAAUUCUUCAAAAGACUGUUCGAACUUACAUUCAACACCCGGCACAAG